CCUUUACACAUUUUGGGAUUUAGCUGGUGUGUUCGAUAGGAGUCCCAGUUAAUCAGAGAAAGACCAAAGUCUGUUGAAAUAUUUACUUCGUAAAACUAGUCUAUUGAAUCACCUGGAUUUUUUGUUUUUGCUUAAAAGUAAGUACUAGUCUACUGCUAGCUGGGAUGUAAAACUUGCUAAGUUAAAGCGGUGCUAGAGGCCGGGCCGACGUGACCAGAAUAGUAGGCUAUGCAUGACAAGUUAACCAUUUGGUGACUACACUCGUUUGUCUUCAAUUUCUGGUGUCCCCAGCGGCAACGUCACGGGAUUGGAGAGAGCGACAGCGAGUGACACAGCGUCAGAACUCAAAUACUGAGGCAUGUUCGUCGAGAUAGUCAGAUCCGACUUUCGGACGAAGCACUCUGCACUCGCAUGUCUCGCUGUGACGGUAACGGGACAGGGAAUAACGGCGCAACAUAGGCUACUACUUCUCACUUCUCAAUAACAGAACAGAGUUUUUGUCAAAGGCUGAAGGGUACGACAGAAUUCACCAGAAAUGUCCACCGGCAAUACCACUGCUCCUUCGCUCAGAUCCGAUCAGCUCACAAUCAUCGUUGCUUCGUUUUCUUCCAUCGUGUUUUUCGUGGUGGUGGUGGUGCUGCUGGCGAUCGUCUACAGGAAGGACCCGCUGUGCUGCAGGGCCCGAUCUUACCGAGCCUCGCAUGGAGAUAUGGAAGUACCUCCUCAGUACUACAGCAGCAGGCAGACCUUAGUGGGCUCUCCCUGUCUGGAACACACUCACAGCAUCAUGAGUGACAACGCGCCGCCAGGCCAGCUGUUCUACGUGGGCCUGCCCUCCAGCUACCGGCUGCCUCACCUGGAGGACUCGCUCCCUCGCCUGCCGUCCUACGAGAGCGUGAGGAAGAAGGAUCGCCAGAGACACAUCCACAUGAUGAUAGCCGACCGCUUCGGACUCAACGCCUCCGCCAUCACUGAGCCCCCUCCCACCUACGAGGAGAGUGUCCGCCAGUCCAUGGAGGCUCAGUACGACGUGGAAGCAGCCCAGCUCCCCCCCCCAGGAGAGCCAGACACGGAGCCUGCAGGCCUGCCAGACAGGCCCACCCUGACCCCCCUGCCCCGUGACGGCCCUCUCCCUGUAUGAAUACAGGGCCUGGGUUCAUGACAUCAGGCCAAUGACUUUGGGUGCGUUUGAUUCGGUUCAUAGUCGACCACUUGUACAAGUGAUCCAUUGGUUUCUUUGCACUGGGUGAGUUCAAUCAGGGAAGCUGUGUUUUCGACUGUAUUUGGAGGCAGUGAUUGGCCCAGUAGUACAUGAAAACUACAGUGCCCUACACCCUCCUGCCUGUGUAUCUGUCUGUCUGUCUGUCUGUCUGUCUCUCUGUCUGUUUGUCUGUCUGUCUGUCUGUCUGUCUGUAUGUCUGUCUGUCUGUCUGUCUGUCUGUCUGUCUGUCUGUCUGUCUGUCUCCCUAAGGUGGCUGGUCCACCUACUGCCAAAGAAAAUACUGUCAAAAAGGGAGCAAAUUAUUUUAAUGAAUGUUGUUUUUGUUAUUUUUUUAAACGUCUGUCAGAUCUUGAACUGCAUUCCUAGAGAAACUGAAAAAUCAACGGUUGAUUUAGAAAUGUAUGUUAGUGUCUAUCAAGAGAGGGUCUACUCUUUCCGUGCCAAAAAUGUGACAAGGAGUUCCUCCAGGCAGCUGAAUCUGUGAUCAGAUCUGAGCUGUCUACUGUGUAGAAGAGACAUACUAACAGAGUUCAUGUAUGUCACAACUCAAACUUGCAAGAUGGCUUCUGUAAACCAGGCACACACGUUAAGUUCUCAUUUACAGUUACAUGUAAAUAAAACGUCUUGUUGGUUGUAAACCCAUUUUUCCAGACAGUUUAUUGUCUCUCAACAGCAAGACAUAGGGGAAGAACAUGCCAGACCUUAAGAGGCUGAUCUCUGCCACCUGCUGGACACUUAGGGAAGAGCAGGGGCUUUAUCUUUCUUUAUCUCUUAAUCAAUAUAGUCGACACUUUUCUACAUAGCAACAUCACCGACACCCCCAUCACCUACCCCCUACUCUCAACAAGUGACAUCAUUAUAUUGAAGUCACAAGAGGAGGGUGAGAGAGGGCAUGGAAGUCUAAAGGACAGAGUUUCCUAAGUCUCUCACUGCUGGGUUCCACAGCUGGGUUCCACAGCUGGAAUCUGCCUGGAGGAAGAACCGGACAGAGUACUCACAGUACCCUCCCUCACAGAGGGACACUAACCCUAACCACCAGAACAUCCCUAUUAGCCCUCACUCACAGAAACAACAGACGUAACUGUUCGCUGCUUAUCUCUCAUCCGUUCUGUUAGAAGGAUACAAUUCCAGAUAGGCCUUGUGUUGUUCAUGAAGCUAGUUUGGGGGGUGCACAGAGGUCACCUGAUCUGUUGAAUGGUGGAUCAUUGAGUGCAGAGGUUGUGAGUCCUGACCUUCCAUCGCUCAUGUCUGAGUCUAGGUAGCUCAUUAGACAUGCUGUGUUAGUGUUCAUCAGAAACUACUGGAGCUUGGAGACAGAGCUGCAGCUUUGUUUGAACUAGAAUUACUUUCUGAUCAACUGUCAGAUUAUAUAGAAGCAGAGCAAACAGUGAAAGUGUUUUUGUGUUUAUUCAACAAAGCCCUUCAGGUCUUUAAAUCUCCUCAAAGUGCCCUGAUGUUGCUGUCCUUGUUAGUGGAGUUUGGAAUAUGUCAUAUAUCUGAAACACGUGUAUCUAUUUACGUUAGGUCU